GUCAAAUACAAACAAGAGUCACAAGAAGAUAAGUCACAAAUAUUGCCUAAUAAUAUUGAAAACACGACCCGUUAUUCAUUCAGAUUGAUUGAACAGAAGAAGUCGACUGACUGCUAUUCGAAGCCAUGGACAAACAUCUUUUUAAUCUCAAGUUUGCCGCUAAGGAUUUGGAAAGAAAUGCCAAAAAAAGUGAAAAGUCAGAAAAGGAAGAAAAAGUUAAAUUGAAAAAGGCAAUACAGAAAGGCAACAUGGAGGGUGCCAAGAUCCACGCUGAGAACUCCAUCCGCCAGAAGAACCAGGCCCUCAACUACCGCCGUAUGAGUGCACGGAUAGACGCUGUUGCAGCCCGGGUCCAGACAGCGCUCACCAUGAAGCAGGUCACCGGCUCCAUGGCUGGUGUGGUCAAGUCUAUGGAAUCUGCAAUGAAAUCAAUGAAUUUAGAGAAGGUGUCAGUAUUGAUGGACAGGUUUGAGCAGCAGUUCGAGAACCUGGAUGUGCAGUCGCAGGUGAUGGAGAACACCAUGUGCAACACAUCCACACUGACCACACCCCAGGGGCAGGUGGACAGCCUCAUGCAGGAAGUGGCCGAUGAAGCUGGUCUGGAGCUGAAUAUGGAUCUGCCCCAAGCCCAGGGCUCGGCAGUUGGUGCUAGUGCCUCCACUCAAGCCUCCCAGGAACAGGAUGAACUCACGAAAAGAUUGGCCAACCUACGUCAGAUGUAAAGUACCCAUCGUCACCACUGUCAAAGUUGUUGUUCAAAGACAAUGCGAAAUGGCAAUGUCAGGACCUUGGUGAGAUAGUACGCUGCACCCAAUACAAACCACCGCCAUCACUACUCAACUGGAGGAGUAAGUGCUCUCUACAACUGGAAGUUUCCAAGGUUUCAAAGACUUGUGUUUUCUAAGUAUCAAGUAUGUUCUGGCAUAUUACUCACAAAUCUUGUAUGAAAAAUGACAAAACGAUUACAUGUAUCAUGUAUACUGUUCAUGUUAUUUAAACUGAGAUGUACAUGCAACAAAAUUGGUUAAUAGGUUCAUUAUCAUGAUAAUUAUACAAGGUAAUUCAAGCUUAAUACAACAAAAGACACUCAGUGUCAACAGGGACAUGACAGGUGUCUUCCAGUUAGAGAUACUUAAUUGUGGAUUCCUAACAGUGAGAGAUUGACUGAACAUUUAAAGGAAGUUCAUAUGUUUCACUAUGAUGACUGACACACUGCUACGUUAGAGAAAUAGACUUACAAGGUUCAGCACUAUGGUUGUGUUGUGCAAGAUGGCCUUGAUGUUGAUCGUACACACUGCCCAUUGUACAAGAUGUCUUUAUAAAGGUCUGUAUGUGUUGAAGCAUGUUUUAAUUGUGGUUUUUUUUUUGUCUUUAGAAAAUAGUUUCUUUUUGGUUGAUGACCAGGAGUAUUUUUAAUCAGAUUAAUUUGUCGUGUCUAAUGUACAGUGCAAUUGUUCAACACAUUUUCAAGUAAAUGUCUUCAAUUACAAACUUGUUUUCCUGUAUGUAUUUAAGUUUCUUUUUGAUAAAGUUCAACCAGUGGUCUAGUGGUUUUAUGUAUCAAUAUCUUCAGGUGCCAUGUUUUUUCUAAUCCCAGUUUUACACUACUAUUGAUUUCUUUCCAUCCCCAUCCUCCCUAAUGCAAGAGAUUCAGGAGUUAGUUGGUGUCUGCGGACUGCUUCACAUGAAGCUUUCUUCGCAGAUGGCAUCCUGUGAUGUAGCUGAAAGGCUGUUCAGUAUGGCAUUGAAACAAAACUGACUCUUUCCUUCCUGAUCAUAGUUCAAUCAAAACUUGCCUGUGCAAGGUAUAUGUCCUAGGAAUAUUGUCCAGUUAUGCCCCAUGUUUUAAUCUAAUGUUGUAUUUUAUUUGUAAAUAUUUAUCAAUUUCUCUGAUUUUGUCCAGUUCAUACAUUGCUAGCAUCCGAUUAAUAAUCCCUAUAGCUUGCCUGAACACAAUCAGUAGUUGUUUCAAGUGACAGGACAGUUUCAAGACACUUGCAUGGCUUCUUAUUAUUUGAUGUCCUUGAACCUGGAUGGGUAAUAAUGGCAUCAGUCUCAAUAAUGAGAUGUCAGUGGAAAUUCCCACAUAAAGAUACUGCAUAUACAAAAUUGGACAUAUGUCUUGUUUGCUAUUGUUUCACAGACAACUGAUAAAUAUGAAAAGGGAAUCGAUGAUCACAUGCUGACAGUCUUCAACCUCUCACAGACAAGCUUUCACGUUGGUGACUGAGUUUUGUAUGUGUUCUUGUACAUGAGAAGCAUGUUGAUGUUGUUCAGUGGUUUCUGUAUUAUACUCAGUUAGAUAUUUGUUGCAUAAGGCUGUACGUUCGGAUUGUAAAUAGUACCAUUUCAUAUGAAUAAAAUUAUAUCAAAUAA